AUGGCGGAAGAAGAACUAGAAGUAACCAUUUUGGAGCCCAAGCUCAAGCGCAAGAGUAAGAGAAAAAGCAAGAAAAGCGAAAGUGAAAGCAAAAGAGGGAGCGUUGAUCCCGCUGGUGUCCAUGUUUCUGAAGUGGACCAUCUGAUUGAUACAGCAUGGAUGACUCCACGCGAUCACUCAGUCUUUGAAUUCAGAGACAUUAACUACAUUAUCGGUAAGGGAAAGAAAGAAAAGCAGAUCCUUACCAAUGUUAAUGGGCGAAUUUCCGAUGGAUCCACCGUGGCCAUUCUGGGACCUUCUGGUGCCGGAAAGACGUCUCUGCUGAAGGCUCUUUCGUUGGGGAUCACGUCUGGGAAAGCGACUGGAAUUAUUGAAUUGAACGGAAAGAAGCUGACAAACCAGGGCUUUAAGGAUCACUGUUUCCUGGUUGAGCAAUAUGAUCACCACUGGUCGUUCUUAACCUGUAAGGAAACCCUAAUGUAUGCGGCAUCUUUGCUACUUGGUCCCGGAAAUCAUACUUCGGUGGUGGAGAACAUUAUUGACAAGAUGGGGCUUCAAUCUUGCAAAGAUACCAAGAUUGGUAAUGACUUUGUGCAAGGUCUUAGUGGAGGACAAAAGCGAAGGCUUUCAAUCGCCAUUGCUUUGCUGAAGAAACCGGCUGUGAUUAUGCUCGACGAACCAACCUCCGGUUUGGAUUCGGCAGCAUCCGUUGCGAUUGUGGGCGAACUGAGAAAGUUGGCCAAGAGCGAAAAUUUGAUUGUUAUCAUGACGAUUCACCAACCCUCGACAAAGGUCUACAAUGACUUUGAUCAAGUCAUGUUGAUGUCCAAGGGUCGACAAGCCUACAUGGGAAAGGCAGCAUCUGCACAUGAGUACUUUGAAACCAUUGGAUACCCAAUGAUGCAGAUGACCAAUCCUGCUGACUUUUUGGUGGAUCUAGUCAAUGCUGACUUUACUAGUGAAGACUCUGUACUUUCCAUUCUGGACGAAUGGGAGCAUCGCACUUCCAAGAUCCAAAUGAAUAACGAUCAGAAGAUGGUUGUGGACUCUGAUGAUGAUGACUUUCAUCAGCUGAUGAGAAGGAAAAAGAGCUUUCUGCACGAAUUGAACGUUCUCUUCCGACGACACGCAGUUUUGAUAGCCCGAGAUCCCAUUCUCUACGUCGGACGUAUUGUGGUGCUUCUGAUCUUCUGUACCAUUUUUGCUUUGGCUUAUUGGAGCUCUCGUGACAAGGUGCAAGCACAAGCUAUCAACUUCUACUACGCCAAUUCCUGGCCGAUUUCGCUCGGCUCGAUGUUCGCUGUAGUUGCAGUAUUCGCAUUGAAUGCUGAAUUCAAGUCCGUCAUGCGAGAAGUCAAGAACGGUAUGAUCCAUCCGGUGACGUAUAUCACGGCCAAAUCCAUACUGGUGUUGCCAGUGAUGCUACUGUUUGCUGUAGCUGCCCUCAGUACUGGUGUCUACUCCAUUCUGGGAAUCAAAGCAAACUACGCGACCUACGCCGGUAUGUUUGCUAUCAGCAUUUUCGUUUUUGAAUGCAUUGCAGAGGUUCUUUCCGUCGCCUUUAUCAAUCCGCUUUUGGGUAUGUUAUGCUACCUGUCGGUUUGGUUUACCGCCUUUUUGUUCGCUGGAACUUUUCUACCGGCGGACGACCUCCCAGGUGUCAUUCGGUGGAUCUACUAUGCGAUGCCACUUGCCUACACCUUUGAUGCCUUCUCUUACCACGUUUUUUCCAGCGAGGAUUGGCCCAGUUGUAUUCCUGAUGAGAAUGCUGGGGCCGUGUGUGUUGAUUUCAGUCAGGUGCAAGGGGAAGAACCGAGCACCUUGAUUCUCCAAGUACUUUCCAAGAUCGUCCCAAAUGUAACUGGAGAAGACAAUCGCAUGGAAGCUAUGGGUAUUAUAUUGGGAAUGGCACUUGCUUACAAGCUUCUAUAUGUCACAAUAUUUUUGUUCAAGUCCUCAUAA